AUAUAAUAUAUUACGUUAUAAAUAGAAAAUAUUCAAUUUUUAUUUACUUUUAAGGAAUGUUACGUUCAAAUUAUGUAUCAUAAUUUAUUCAUUUCCUUUUUGCAUAUGCAAAAGGGAUUUAAAACAAUUAUGGGAUGCAGGUGGUAUAUAGUGCAGUGAGUCCAUCAUAUCUUUGUGUUUGGGUGUUGAAAUUGGUCUUACAUUUGUGUACAAUGGUAUCAAUUCAAUAUUUUUAAAGUUUCUUUGUCUUCAUGACACAGUUGUAAAUCCAGUUUUAAAUUCUGUAUCGUAAUUCAUUGAUGUUUUAUAGAAAAUUUUAUACGCUUUAGUUCUCAAAAGAUGCAUCCCACAUAUUUUUAACCAACUUUGUUUUUUCAUUAGUAUUCUUUAACAUUUUAAAAACCAUGUCCUCUAGUGGUGUAGUUGAAAUUAAAUCUAUUCUGAAUGAAAUGAAUUCAGAAUAAAGUUUUUACUUUUUGACACUUUUUUUAUGACUGCAUAAUAGGGGACCAAAGAGACUUCAAACAGAAGUUGGAUAGAAUUAAUCAGAUACCUCACAAUUUGGGAUUUACCAUCAGCUUAUAUCUCAGGCUAGAGACCACAAGAUAUGGAGGAAAAGAGUGAAGUUGUGGACUCAAAAGGAUUGAACACAUCACUGACAGAAGAGUUGUGUAUAACUUCAGAAGUAGGCCAACAUUGGAAAGUUUUUUGGGAUGACAGUAUCUUCUGCUCUAAAACCUGGAAUUUCAAGUUUGAGAAAAAGCACUUGUCUUCAGUGGUAUCAAUGGCAGUGGAAGUUGCUUGUGUGGACAGUGAUAUGGAAGUAUCAUAUUGUCUAGACAAAUGGGAAGGAGAAGGAAAUGGAACAUACCACUUCAAAAUUCUAGUCCCAGCAGUUGCAGCUGGUGCUAUUAUUGGUAAAGGAGGGGAAACAAUAGCACAGUUACAAAAAGAAGCAGGUGCAAGGGUAAAAAUGUCAAAAGCACAUGAUUUUUAUCCUGGUACAACUGAACGGGUAUGCCUUAUUACAGGAAAUGUAGAAGGAAUAUUGCAUAUACAUGAAUUUAUUAUGGAAAAAAUUAAAGAAAAACCCGACCCAAAUGCAAAAAUGGCCAUUGAUUUUGAUCAUAAGCAACCAGCUGAAAGAGAAAAACAGGUGAAGAUAUUAGUUCCUAAUAGUACAGCUGGAAUGAUUAUAGGAAAAGGAGGAAGUUAUAUUAAACAAAUUAAAGAAGAAAGUGGUGCUUAUGUACAGAUAUCACAGAAGUCAAAGGACCAUGCUUUAACUGAACGUUGCAUUACUGUGAUAGGUGAAAUGGAAAAUAAUAAAAGAGCCUGUGCCAUGAUUUUAGCUAAAAUAGUGGAGGAUCCACAAAGUGGUAGUUGUCUAAAUGUAAGUUAUGCUGAUGUCACAGGACCUGUAGCUAAUUUCAAUCCAACUGGUUCUCCAUUUGCAAAUCCUGGUAGUGUUCCUGGAAGUGGAAGUACUAUGAAUAAUAGUAAUGCCAGUUACAGUUCUAAUGGCAGUCUUAACAGUCUUAGUCCUACAGUAAACAACAGUUUUAAUAAUCCUCAGACUGGUACAAAUCCUGCUGGACUCUUACAGUUUUCAGGUGUUGGAGUUGGAAUGGGUGGCCCAGGAAUGCAACCUGCGAACAUUGCUCAGCUUAUUGAGAAUAUAAAAGUGAUGCUACGAGGUAGUGGCUAUUCAGAACAUGCUACUGCAGAGAUAGCUGCUGCUAUGAACACAUUAGCAAGUUAUAAUGUGCUAGGAUUAGGUCUAGCAGGACUUGGAGGAUUAUUAGGCAGUAUAAGUGGUACGCCUGUGAUAGGAAGUCUAGGUAUGGGAAUAGGAAAUUCUGCUGCUAAUAGUUGUCAAUUACCUCCAGGUAGUAUUUCAAGUCAAGGUAUGUACACAUCAACAUCUGGCAUUCCUGGCAUGGAACCAACUUGCAACACUGUAGCUACAUCAGGCCCAUUACCACCUGGCUCUAGCAUGUUUGGACCAAUUGGAAGUUUAGGAGCAGGUGGAUUAGGACUGGGACCAGGUUUUAGUUCUCCAACUGCUACACGUUCUAAUGAUCGUUAUCCAAUGCAUGUUGAUGGAUCAGUAUUUGACCCAUUUCAUCGUAAUUCACCUGCACUGGGAUCUCCAGCAGCAGCUGCCUUACCAGUAAAUAAUAAUUCAUUUGGAUUAGGUAUUGGCUUGAACUCUGGUCCUGUUGGUGGAUGUAAAAGUCCAACUCUAGGUGAUGGCCAAGUAGGUGAAACAACUAAAAUAGAAGUAGAAAUAGGUGAAAAUAUUGUAGGAGCCAUCCUAGGACCAGGUGGUAAGUCACUUGUAGACAUACAACGUUUCAGUGGUGCCAGCAUCCAGAUAUCAAAAAAAGGCAUCUUUGCCCCAGGUACACGUAACCGCAUCGUAACCAUUACAGGUACCCCAAGUGCUGUUGCCAAUGCUCAGUAUCUCAUCGAGCAACAGAUUGCUGAUGAAGAAGCCAAACGAGCACGACAGAAUUCAAUCGGAGUUCUACGCUAACUAGUGUCCACCUGUAGCAAUUCCAUUGGUCUUUCUAUAUCUCAUCUGCCUGCAGCCAGUAACCUGCCUCCUGCCACUGACCAAUGACUGAGCUCAAUGGGGUGUUUUCUGGUGUGUUUUCUCCUGUGUGUGGAAAACUUGCUUCAGAGACCUAAUGUACUUUGUUAUUGUUAAAUGUGACUGAAUAAUAUAAAUCAUAAUGUAAUAUAUACAUACAGAUUAUAUAUUGCUUUUGCAGACUAGCCAUUUAGUUUCAAUCCAUGCAAGUUUUGAUCUUCCUAGCCCAUGGCAGAAUUGUUUUUAUUUCACUUAAGUUUUCACACACUCACUAGUUAAGAUAGAGAUACUAAUACAGGUAUAAUAGUAAGAUCUGUUGUAUACUCUUUCAUUACUUUGUUAUCCAUCAACCUCUAAUACAAUGUAAAUGUUACUGUUAUCUUAGAAAAAUAUAUGAAUAGUUAUCAUUAACAAAAUAUUUUUUAGUGUUAGUUUUGUUGUUGACAGUUGAAAUUUUUUUG